CACUGUGUUCAUACGACAAGCUUAGCGGAAUUAGAAAUCAUGGCAAGGGGACUACGAUUUCUCGCGGGGAAUAUCGCAGUAUCUUUGCAGUUCUCCAUUCAUCUUCCUCUUCUUUUAUUCGUCUUCAUCGGUGGUUUCAGCAACGAGGUUGUGGUUCCAGAAAAUGUUCAAGUUGUGCUUGGCAGGAAUGCCACACUGAGCUGCAGGGUGGAUGUGGGUGCCAACCUCAGCCUGACACAAAGCUCCUGGGAACGCAGCUUGCCCAUGGGCUCUGUCACAGUAGCAGUGUUCAAUCCACAGUUCGGCAUCUCCGUAUCUGAAGAGUAUGUAAAUCGCGUCCAUUUUCUCAACCCAUCAGUAGAGGAUGCCUCGAUUGUGUUGGAGGGAGUGGGCUUUGCAGAUAUUGGCUCCUAUAUUUGCAAGGUGGUCACCUUCCCACUGGGUAACUCGCAGGCCUCUACAGUUGUUGACAUCAUGGUUGAGCCCAAAGUAUAUGUGUUGGCGGGUCCUGAUCCUUUGGUGGAUGGAAAUGAGGAGGGUGUGGUAGCAACAUGCAUGGCUGAAAAGGCCCGCCCCCCAGCUGAUGUCUUCUGGGAGGCGGAGCUUUACGGACGCUCAGAGCAGAUCCUGCAGGACGAACCUGAUGGCACCACCUCCACCAAGGUGGACUACAUUUGGGCACCCACCAGCCAUGCCCUUAACCAUGCCCUCACCUGUGUGGUACGCCACCCUACCCUGGCUAUAGACUUGCGCAUCCCCUAUGUGCUCAACAUACAAUUUGCGCCAGAUGUCAUGGUUAUAGGCCAGAAUGAUGUUUGGUAUGUGGGACAAGAAAAUGCAAAGUUGGACUGCAGAGCAAAUGCCAAUCCUCCUCCUCAUCACUUCUUCUGGACCAGGCUGAACAUGCAGAUGCCUGCAGGAGUUAAAAUGACAAACAGCAGUCUGGUCUUCACUCGUCCGCUGCAGACAAAUGAUUCUGGAACGUAUAGAUGUGAGGUCCAGAAUGAGGUUGGACUACAUUCUCAGGAAGUACACAUCUGGAUACACGAGCCUCCAUCUAUGCCUUCUGUCCCCACCCCUACCAGUGGAGGCAUUUCUGGCCUCUAUAGCUCAUCACCCUCCCACGUCCGUGCCCGCUUCACCUCCCCAACACUGGCAUCACUGCAUGAUGGCACCAUGGGCACUGUGGUGGGCGGUGCCAUAGGAGGCACACUGGUACUGGUUCUUCUGCUGGGCAUUGCUUUGCUUUGGUACAUCCGUCAGCAGCGCACAUUCCAUGGUGAUUACUACACCAAGCAGUACGUGGGGGCCUCAUACAUGCAGAAAGAGUCCCUUGAGCUUCAUGACACCUUUCCAGAUGACUCUGCUAACAGUAGCCAAGACCUGAAACACAACCCUGAUGGUGAUGGAGAUACACAGGUCUACCACAGUUACAGAAAAAACAAAGGCCUCUGGGACAGUUAUUGCCCCGGAGACUCUAACAUUAGCACAAUUGGGGAAAACAGCACCCCCUACCUGCAGGAGAAGAGGUACGAUAUGGCCACAGACUGUGACUAUGUGUCUCACAAGGAUGGAUCUGUGAUUUCUCGUAGAGAAUGGUAUGUGUAAAUAUGCGAGAUGGUUAAUGGAAGACAAGAGUUUACAGAAUACAGUAUUACCAAACUCUUAAAAUAAAGGAAACUCUUAAACUAUUUUUUAAGAGUAGUUAAACUCUUAAAAUAUUUUAAAGUGUAUAUCAGGAAAAUUAAAAGCUGUAUUGUUUCUAGCUUGAUGAUUCCUUAGGGAGUUGAUAUUGCACAGCAAAUGUCUGUGAUGUUUUGUUUUGUGCUUUUAAUCCCAAGAGAGAUCAAAGGGUAGCCUGGAGCAAUGAAAACAAGUUGGAAUAUAUUGCCUCCUCUUUUCAUGUGCCCUUGUUUAAAUUCUCUUAUUCAGUUUUAGUUACUUAUUUGUAAGUAUUUGUAAGAUUCUUAUCAUGUUUGCCAUAACAAAUGCAAGGAAAAGUAUUGUUUGUAUGUUGCAACAUGUAUAAUUUUUCCAUUGUUCUUAUUAUUGCACAAAAAAAAUGCAUUGCUUGGAUGAUAAACAUUUUUUAGUUACCCUGGACUGUAAAGAUAAUGAAAAACAUUACAGAUCUAAAGUUAAAA